ACACAUCUCAGAACAGAGGCUACAGACAGAGAGACAAAAGAAGAACAAGGCGGUUCCUUUUUAUCAUUUCUGUCUUCUUCUGUCUACAGACGACCCUAAAGGUCAAACCUUUGAGACUUUUUUUAUUUCUCUCUUUCGCUUUUACAACUUUUAUAUCAGAUUUCUCGUCAAAUCUCAAACUGGACAUCUCCAGAAUCGAAGACCCUUCUGCUCUUGAAUCUCUCUCUUGUUAUGUUGUAGUUGAAGUUGGAUGGUGGAACAAACUGUGAGAGCCAUGUCACUGGUGAGGUCCUCUGAGCCAUCCGCUGCAGCGUAUAGGAACCCCAAUCUUUACUCUCUGGAUGAGAAUGGUUACAACAUUGGUGGUGAUACUUCCGUUGAUCCAGACAGGUCCAAGAACACUUGCCUGACUACUGAUGAUUCUUACCCAAGCCAAAGCUAUGAGAAGUACUUUCUUGAUUCACCAACAGAUGAGUUUGUACAACAACAUCCAGUUAGCUCAUUUGGAUCUUUGGACUCGUUUCCUUAUCAGUCAAGGCCUGUUCUUGGAUGCUCCAUGGAGUUUGAUUCAACCUCUACGAGGCUCUUUGGAGGUUACCAAGCGGCAACUCAGGAGUUUGAUGAUGAACAAAUGAGAUCAAAGAUUCAAGAGCUUGAAAGAGCCCUUCUCAGCGAUGAAGAUGGUGAUGAUAAGAUGGUUGGUUUAGAUAAUCUGAUGGAGACUGACAAUGAAUGGUCUUACCAAAACGAGAGUCAACAUCAACAUCAGGACUCCUCAUCCGCAGAUUCCAACUCUCAUUCAACUAGUAGCAAAGAAGUGGUCUCAUCACCAGCAACACCAAAGCAAAUGCUUAUCUCUUGUGCUCGUGCUUUAUCAGAAGGCAAAUCAGAGGAAGCUUUGUCAAUGCUAAAUGAGGUGAGACAGAUUGUAUCAAUCCAAGGAGAUCCUUCUCAGAGAAUAGCAGCUUACAUGGUUGAAGGUCUAGCUGCAAGAAUGGCUGCUUCAGGAAAAUUCCUCUACAAGGCAUUGAAAUGCAAAGAGCCUCCUUCUGAUGAGAGGCUAGCUGCUAUGCAAGUCCUCUUUGAGGUAUGUCCUUGUUUCAAAUUCGGAUUCUUAGCUGCUAAUGGUGCAAUAGUCGAAGCCAUCAGAGGUGAAGAGGAAGUUCACAUAAUAGAUUUCGAUAUAAACCAAGGAAACCAAUACAUGACACUGAUAAGAACCGUUGCUGAGAUGCCUGGUAAGCGUCCUCGGUUAAGGCUAACCGGUGUUGAUGACCCUGAAUCAGUCCAACGCUCAGUAGGAGGGUUGAGAAUCAUAGGCCUAAGACUCGAGCAGCUUGCUAAAGACCAUGGAGUAUCCUUCAAGUUCAAAGCUGUAGCGUCAAAGACUUCCAUUGUCUCUCCAUCUACACUCGGUUGCAAACCAGGAGAGACUGUAAUCGUCAACUUUGCGUUUCAGCUUCACCACAUGCCUGACGAGAGCGUGACAACAGUGAACCAACGUGACGAGCUGCUCCACAUGGUGAAAAGCUUAAACCCGAAGCUUGUCACAGUCGUUGAACAAGACGUGAACACAAACACUUCCCCUUUCUUGCCAAGAUUCAUGGAGGCUUAUGAUUACUACUCAGCGGUUUUUGACUCUCUAGACAUGACGCUGCCGAGAGAGAGCCAAGAGAGGAUGAACGUGGAGAGGCAGUGUCUUGCUAGAGACAUUGUCAACAUUGUUGCUUGUGAAGGAGAAGAACGGAUUGAGAGGUACGAGGUUGCUGGAAAAUGGAGAGCGAGGAUGGUGAUGGCCGGGUUCAGUUCAAGACCAAUGAGUUCUAGAGUGACAAGCAGUAUACAGAGCCUCAUUAAGGAAGAGUAUUGCAGUAAGUACAAGGUUAAAGAGGAGAUGGGUGAGCUCCUUUUUUACUGGGAGGAUAAGAGUUUAAUUGUUGCUUCAGCUUGGAGGUGA